UGCCUUGACGAGACAACCCUCCCAAAGCGUUUGAAACCCAUAGCCCAAUCCAUAGACACCUGUGGACGUAUAGCUCGUUGACCCGUCGAGUCUUGAUGUUCCGAAGCUCUAGAAGCCUGUUUCACGCACAGGAUAGUUAGGUGCUGCAAUCGACAUGGUAGGGUUUCAAGGCACUCACCCGACAAUAGAUGAGGUGCGCGCGUACCUCAACGCGGAUCACCAAGAGGAGAUGCGGCACAGCAUCCACCAAUCCGCAGCUGACAUGUGGAUCGCAGAGCAGCAGUUCAAGUCGUGCCUGGAACAGGCUCUGUCGAACCAUCCCUUCGCUAACUCCCAACCUCCUCGUCGCGAAGCCGCAACCAGUGACUCGACUACUUCUAGUGGUGCUCUGUUUGUUACCUCGUCUUCCUCGUUGACUGCUUCACGCGAGGCGCGUUCCGCGAUCCCUAAUAGUAGCAAUUUACCCCGGGAUCGCAACAGCGGCCUGUGCUCCUUGUUAAACCGGUGUCGAAGGAAGAUCUCUCGGCAUUUGUACUGUUCGUGAAUUAAGACGCUCCCACAACUAACAUCACGGGGAGAGCAACAAUCGCGCGCUCCGCCAUCGGCAGCUGCGGGAUACUAUUGGAAGCAACCCAGAGUAGCUUCGCUAGUGGCUUUAUUCGCGGAAAACCAUUUCUGUAAACUGACAGUAGUGCAUCACCGCCAUGUGUCAAUGCUAUGCAAUCUCUGGAUUUGGAAUAGUGUGAGCCGCUGUACAUAACCUUCAGCUCUUG